AUGAUUAAAAGGUGUUGGUAUUUGGCACUAUACCUUUUUAUCCUUAUUGUUAAUCUUUACUUAGAAAUCUGUUUUGCCCUUAUAAAACAAGAAGCAAUUUUCCUUCAAAGUGAAGCCAAUGAAAACAAGAAACUUGAUACUCCAAAUUCUUUCGCUUUCAAAAAAAGAAGAAAACGUAGAUUAAAUGGUAGAAAAUGUGUUUUAAAGAAUCAUUUUAACUGUUCAAAUAAUUGCAAUGAUGACUUAAUUCGAAUAAUGCUUCCAGAAAAGAAGUUCAAACAUGUAGAAGAAAUGAUUGAUGAUGAAUUAUUUGAAAAACCUAGUGGAUUCACAAGAAAAUAUAGGUACUUAAGGUUAUCUAAUUCUUUGAAAGUAUUUAUGGUUUAUGAUAAGACAGCUGAAACUUCUUUUGGAAAUAUGCACUUAGAUUUCGGAUUUGCUUCUGACCCAGAAAAUAUUCCUGGGUUAUCUAGGUACCUUCUUUAUACUGUAUUAUUUGGGUCAUUAAAAAAAAGACUUAUAAAAAAUUUUGAUUCGGUAGUCAAAAAGUUUGAAGGUAUCUUUGGUGCAACUAUUCAUAGAGAUUGUUCAAGAUACAGCUUUAAUAUACCCUCAAACGAAUUUGAGGUUACUUUGAAAUUUUUUGCAAGUAUGUUUGUAAACCUAUAUACAGAUGAAUAUAUACACAAAGACAUUUUGAAUAAACUUUUGGGUGAUUUAAUUCAAUAUAUCAACUUGGAUUCCUUUAGACUCUCAGAUGUAUUGCAAGAGAUUGCAAUACCACCAAACACAGAAAAGAGUAAUCAUGAUUGGAAUAUAUUAGAAUAUAUGCAAAUUCAGCAAUUAGACAAACUUAAAUCCAAAAAGCUGUUACUUGAGUUUUUUAACCAAUAUUAUCGUGCUGAUAGAAUGACUCUUACAAUUUUAUCUAAUAAAACUUUGGAUGAACAAACCUCAAUUGUAAGAAAAUACUUUAAUAAAAUUAGAAGAGGUGACUCCAAUAUUGUUACAAGGUUAAGACUUCUAGAUUUGGGUAUGAAUCAUCCCCUUUAUGGAUCUACAGGAAAGAUUUUAGUUUUCCAUUCUCUAAAAAGCUACCCUUUUAUAAAAUUGUUAUUUCCACUUAAUAAUAUAUUUAAGCCAAAACCCAGCUCAAAACCAAUGUUUUUUUUCUCAAUGUAUAUUUCUAGUAAACGAAAAGGUAGCCUCUAUUAUUACUUAUAUAAAAAUGAAUUGAUUACUGACAUGAAAAUUUAUCUAUCGAACUCAUUAUUUGGUUAUUACAGCUUAAUUGUAGAUGUUCGCCUACAAAAUUCAGGUGAACUUGCUAUUAUUCAUAUAAUUCGAAGUAUAUUUUCAGUAUUCGAAAUGAUGAGGAAUAAUCAACCAAAAUUAGAAUUAUUUAACCAAGUAAGGGCUCUUAAAAUGAAAAAAUUUAAACAUAAAUCAAAUAGUUUUAUAUUUAAUGAAUGCAGUUAUAUUCAGAAUGCAUUCUGUUUACUUAAAUGUACUCCAGAAAAAGUUCUUUCUGCAAGUUCAACAUAUACGGAAUUUAACCUAGAACUUCACCAUAAGAUUUUAUCAUAUUUAAAACCUGAAAAUAUGCUUUUAAUCGCAACAUCUAGAUCCAAAAAGUUGAAAUCUUUAAUUGAGUUUAUGAGUAAAAAUAGCAAUGAAACAAAGAUUAAUCACAAAUCAGAUUGUAAUGAUUCACUAGAUACUUCAAUUUUAAAAGAAAAUACCACUUCAUGUCAAUUUUGCAAAGAGCAGCUACUAACAAGCAAUAACUUGACCUUUCCUUGUAUUGAUUGUUUCAGCCAAUUGGGUGAUUUAAGAGGAUUCGAUUACAGUAUUUUGUUCGAAAAUUGUUUCAAUGAAAGCGAAAUUAUUAUUUCAAACUUUACUCGUACAAAUUAUUUUAUAAAGAAAAUUCAUCCCUUUUUUAUUUCAUAUUGGGCAAAUUCAGUUAAACCUUAUACAGCAUUUAAAACAUUUGAAAUUUACGAUCCAGAUAAUAAAUUUUUAAGGAUUAAGGAACCUAAAAAUUUUCUUUUGGGUUUUCAAGAGCAGGAUGUACCUAUUAGGCUUGUAGAUGCAAUCCAAAACUUGGGAUCAAAGAGAUAUAAUAAAAUUAUUAAUAAAGACUUUCUAAAAGACUAUCAACAAAUAUUUUAUUUGCCUCUUCAUUCAAUAAAUACUCCAAAGUCUUCAAUCUCAAUCACAAUAAAACUGCCACCAAAUUUAUAUUCUAAUGAGUUACCCUUUCCAUACUCACCCACAAAACUCGAAGUAAUAUUUUCGAUGAUAUCACUUAUGUUAUUAAAAUCUUUUGAAGACAUAAUGUAUUACUAUAAGAAAUUGUCAACAAACUUAGAUUUCUCAAUCAAUACACCAGUUAUUUAUUCUUUCUACACUUAUGGUUUAACUUUGGAACUUACAGGUAUAACAGAUCAUCUCUCGCAUGCAUUAUCAACCAUUGCAUAUCGUAUUAAAGAUUUUCCUAACACUGCGAGAAGUUCUGAUCUAAAUGUUGCAAAGAACUAUUACCUGGGGCAUAUUAAAAACAAUAAUUUGGACCAUCUACCUGCAGUUCAAUUUCAAUCUAUAUUAAAGGCUCUUUUGUUCAACCAAAAUUUAACUUCUUGUUCGAUAAAUAAUGAAAUUGAGAAGAUAAGAUUACACGAAGUUACCAGUGUUGUUGAUUUUCUUGUAAAAAAUGGAACAUUUGAAGGUCUUGUCUAUGGAAAUAUUAAUCCUAUAAAAGUAAGAGAACUAUUAUUGUUAUUUUUUAUUAAUAUUGGGAGAACCUCAAAUAAAGAAGAAAAUUUCAACAAAAAACAAAACAUCUUUUUAAAAAUGUUUUCAUUGUUUAAGAAUUCAUUUUUCAAUUUUUUCAAUUCUAUAAGGUCUACUAUCAAUCAAUUAACUGGGAAUUUGACCGUACAAAGUGAGCUACCAGAACAUUUAAAAUCUGUGCCUACGCAACAUAUGACACAAAAUACCUUGAGAGAUCUUCAAGUCAUUGAUUUACUUUCAUUUAAAGAAGGUUCUAGCUUUGUUUAUUUUGGAAAGCCGAAUUUUGAUUUUUUCCAAUUUCAAACAAUAGUUUUGAAAAUAUGUUUCGGAUAUUUUACAGUUGAAGUUGAAUCACUGGUUGAUAUUCUUGUAGAGACUAUACUCAACAAACAUCAAGAUAAGCUCAAAAUUGAAAGAGGCAGGAUAUUAAUUACUAUUAAAAGGAAUAUUUUCUCAGAUGGAAUUGUUUCUAUUGAUAUUAGAGUCACUUCAAAAAAUAUGUUAUCUGAGUUAAUUUUAUACAUCAUGAAAUUGUAUGAUGACUUGAUUGUUAAUAAUUCUGGCAUCACAUACGAAGACUUUAUUUCGACAAAAAAAUCUUUGGUUAAAUCUCUUUCGAAUAAUUCAAGUUAUGAUAGAAUUAUUAACUUUAAAGAAGAAAUCCGUCUAAAAAGGUAUCAAUUCAACAGAAAAAAAGAAAAAGUUGAAUUUAUCUCUAAAUUAAAUUAUUCGAAUUUUCUCAAAUGGUUUAAUGCACAACCACCAAAAGUUAUUAAACUUUUAUUUGUUAUUCAUUCACCCAGUACUAGCGAAAAGGAAAUUUUGAAAGCAAACAGCAAUAUUCCUCUUGAAUUUAAAAGAAUAAACUCCACUGACUACUUCUUUAAACAGAACAACACAAGAUCAUUUAAUCCUUCUCAAAUAUAUAAUUUAAAAUGA